GGGGAGGGCCGGGCCGGGCAGGGCAGGGCAGGGCAGGGCAGGUGGAGCGGCCCCGAUGGAGCGGGGGAAGAUGGCGGAGCUGGAGAGCCUGGAGACGGCGGCGGAGCACGAGCGGAUCCUGCGGGAGAUCGAGAGCACGGACACGGCCUGCAUCGGCCCCACGCUCAGGUCCGUCUAUGAUGGGGAAGAGCACGGGAGGUUCAUGGAGAAGCUAGAAGCUCGGAUCCGGAACCACGACCGGGAGAUCGAGAAGAUGUGCAACUUCCACUACCAGGGGUUCGUGGAUUCCAUCACAGAGCUGCUCAAGGUCAGAGGAGAGGCCCAAAAACUGAAGAACCAAGUGACGGACACCAACCGAAAGCUGCAGAAUGAAGGGAAAGAGCUGAUAAUUGCCAUGGAGGAGCUGAAGCAGUGCCGGCUGCAGCAGAGGAACAUUUCGGCCACGGUCGAUAAACUCACGCUGUGUCUUCCCGUGCUGGAGAUGUACAGCAAACUGCGGGAGCAGAUGAAAUCCAAGAGGCACUACCCUGCCCUGAAGACCCUGGAGCACCUGGAGCACACCUACCUGCCCCAGGUGAGCCACUACCGCUUCUGCAAGAUCAUGGUGGACAACAUCCCGAAGCUGCGGGAGGAGAUCAAGGAGGUGUCCAUGUCAGACCUCAAGGAUUUCCUGGAGAGCAUCCGGAAGCACUCGGACAAGAUCGGAGAGACGGCCAUGAAGCAGGAUUGCAGAUACAAUCAGUGGAAAAUAAUUGCCAAGAUAUUCUUCAGCCUUCUGCUCUCUCCAAACAUUCAGGCACAGCAGCAGAGGAACCUGGACAACAUUGUGUCCCAGCAUCCCAGGAUAAGCGGGGGGAAGAAAUCCAAGAGGGAAUUCUGUGCCAGCUCCGACCUGGAGGUGAAAAACACCAGCCCCAUGUCCGAGCAAGAUUCAGGAAUCCUGGAUGUUGAGGAUGAGGACGAGGAUGAGGAGGUGCCUGGAGCCCAGGAUUUGGUGGAUUUCUCCCCCGUUUAUCGAUGCCUGCACAUCUAUUCUGUCCUGGGUGCCCGAGAAACCUUCGAGAGCUACUACAGGAAGCAGAGGAGAAAACAAGCCCGGCUGGUCCUGCAGCCUCCCUCCAACAUGCACGAAACCUUGGACGGCUACAGGAAGUAUUUUAAUCAAAUUGUAGGGUUCUUUGUGGUGGAGGAUCACAUCCUGCACACCACUCAGGGCUUGGUCAAUCGCGCCUACCUGGAUGAGCUGUGGGAAAUGGCCUUGUCCAAAACCAUCGCCGCCCUCCGGACACACUCGUCCUACUGCUCCGACCCCAGCCUGGUGUUAGACCUGAAGAACCUCAUCGUCCUCUUUGCUGACACACUCCAGGGCUAUGGCUUCCCAGUGAACCAGCUCUUUGACAUGCUGUUGGAGAUCCAGGACCAGUACAGUGAAACCCUCCUGAAGAAAUGGUCAGGAGUUUUCAGAAAUAUACUUGACUCAGACAACUACAGCCCCAUCCCGGUGUCAAAUGAAGAACUUUACAAGAAAAUAGUUGGACAGUUCCCAUUCCAGGACCCUGAACUUGAAAAGCAACCCUUUCCAAAGAAGUUCCCCUUCUCCGAGUUUGUGCCUAAAGUUUACAAUCAGAUCAAGGAAUUCAUCUACGCCUGCCUGAAGUUCUCGGAGGACCUUCACCUGAGCUCCACCGAGGUCGACGACAUGAUCCGGAAAUCCACGAACCUGCUGCUGACCCGGACGCUGAGCAACUGUUUACAGAACGUCAUCAAGAGGAAAAACGUGGGGCUGACAGAGCUUGUACAGAUUAUUAUAAACACCACCCACCUGGAGAAAUCCUGCAAGUUCCUCGAGGAAUUCAUCACCAACAUCACCAACGUGCUUCCGGAAACCGUGCACACGACGAAGCUCUACGGGACCACCACCUUCAAGGACGCCCGGCACGCGGCCGAGGAGGAGAUCUACACCAACCUGAACCAGAAGAUCGACCAGUUCCUGCAGCUGGCAGACUACGACUGGAUGGCCCCGGAGCCGGGGAGCAGGGCCAGCGACUACCUGGUGGAUCUCAUCGGCUUCCUGCGCAGCACCUUCGCCGUGUUCACCCACCUGCCGGGGCAGGUAGAUGUCCACUCUACCAUGUCGGGGAAGGUGGCCCAGACCGCCUGCAUGUCCGCCUGCAAGCACCUCUCGACGUCGCUGCUGCAGCUGCUGCUGGAGGCCGAGGUGAGGCAGCUCACGCUGGGGGCCCUGCAGCAGUUCAACCUGGACGUGGAGGAGUGUGAACAGUUUGCCAGAUCCGGCCCAGUGCCUGGGUUCCAAGGGGACACGCUGCAGUUGGCCUUCAUCGACUUGAGACAACUCUUGGAUCUGUUCAUCCAGUGGGAUUGGUCGACGUAUUUGGCUGACUACGGGCAACCCACGUGCAAGUACCUGCGUGUGAACCCCACGACCGCCCUGGUGCUGCUGGAAAAGAUGAGGGACACGAGCAGGAAAAACAACGUUUUUGCCCAGUUCCGGAAGAACGAGCGGGACAAGCAGAAGCUCAUCGACACCGUGGCCAAGCAGCUCCGCGGCCUCAUCAACAGCCACCACUCCUGAGGGGGCUGGGGGGGAACCUUCCUUCCUUCCCAAACCCCUGGACUUGGGAUUCUUGUUGAAAGAGAAUAUAUGUAUUUUUUUAUUCACCUGUAUAUUCCUGGAACCUCCCCCCCGCCCUCCUCCCAACCCCCUUCCCGGUGACAAAACGCUCCUUGUGGAACAAUCCCUUUGGGAAAAGAGGCUGGCGCUUGGAGGGGGUGUCAGGAGGCUCCUGGGAUAAACUCCUGUUUUCUGGGGUUUGGGAAGCCACAGGAAGCCCUAAAGCCUGAGACAGAAGCUCACAGCCCGGCUGUUUUCUUGUUGUAGCAGCCAAAUUGAAGGGACCAUCCUGCCUUCCUUCGGUUAUCCGCAAAAAAUACGGAGGGAGGAGCCGUGGUUUGGGUUCUUCUCGUGGCUCAGAGGAAAGAGGGUCACCCGUUCGUGUGUCUUGCCAGCUUGUGCUUUGGAUUUAGGUAGGAAAAGGGGCAAAGUGAUUUCCCAGUUUUUCUCCUUGUUUUCCCAUCUAAGAGCUGGUUUCCACCUUGGGAAAGGGGGAUCCCUGGGGAUCCCUGGAGCUGAGACCUUUUCCUGUGUGUCCGUGACCGGCGCGGCCACCCCUGAGCUCCGUCACCGGGACCUGCUGGGGUGUGUGGGACUGCCAGUGGGUGGAGAAGGGCUUGAGAGCUGCCUCAGUAAUUAGAUAUGGAAAGGGAGAGCCAAAGGAUAACCCGGCAGGGUGUCCUGUGGAGCUGGAUUGGUGCUGGAAUUGCUGCCGGUCACGUCCGUGUUCGGGCAGCAGGAAUGGAGGGGUGGUGUAAAACUGAGCUCUCCUGAUGCCCAGGGCACUGCAUUCUGGGGUUUUCCCUCUCUUUUCCAUGCUGGUGUCCCAUCUGCCCUCUCCUCUUGGUGGUUCCAUGGGGUAAAGCCCCUCUUGCUUCCCUUGGUUUGCUCGGUGUGAGGAGCAGCCCUGGAUGGGACGUCGAGUGGGAAACUUGUGGAACCCCUGGCAUGGUCAGGAAUGCUCAGUCCUGCUCCAAAGUGCCUAUGGACAAAAUUCCCCUCAGCUCUGAAGGUUCCCAAAGACCCUCUGCUGGAAUCAGGCAGCUUUUGAGGAGCAGGGCAACAUUCCCAGUGGGAUUUUAGCUCCAGGGUUCAGGUUACUGAGGGGGAUUUUCACUCCAAGUGCUGCAGGUGAAAACUUUAUCCAGCCACAUUCCCCCUCUCCCAGACUCCUAUGGUAAAGGGAAUUAAAAUCUUCCUGGUGGAUGUUACAGGCCUGGGAGUGCUCCAGGAAAUGUGCCCAUUUCCCACCCUCUGGAUGCACGGAGGGGAUGAGGCUUUGUCCUCUCUCCUUGUUCCUCGGCGAGACUUCUGGGUGGUUUGUUUUGUUUUUGGGAAGGAUUCGUGUUGCUUAACCCUGGAAGUGGACAGGAAUGUGGUCAGGAAUGACCUCCUGGGGCUGUUGUCCUGUCCCAGCCUCCUCCAUCCACGAGGACCAAGGGAUUAUUUUCAUUACUAAGAGGGAAAACCCAUCCUGGCAUUGUGGUUCCUCAGAUUUUGGAGGGGGAUCAGAGGUCACUUCCUUUUUAAUGCCUCUUGGAAGGACAUGGAAGGAGGACGAAGGAAAAAGAAGCAGGUGAAGGAAAGUUGGUGUCACGUGGCCAGAAAUGGAUCAUCUUUGUAGACAAACCCACAAAUGACCCAGCAAAGGCUUCCAGGGGGAGAAGAGGAACUCAGUCAGGGUGUGGGAUAAAGGGAGAAGGAUCGGGAUCCUCAGAUGUCAGGAAGGGAUUUUGGUGGACAAAGCAUCUGCUGCCACCCUGGAAUUCCAUUUUUUUCCCUCCUGUAUCCCACUGCACAAGGUAUUCCUGCAGGAAAACCUCAGCACAGCUGGGCCUGGAGGCAACCCCUUGUUUGCCAUCCCCAUCCCACAUCAGGGCUCCCCUUCCCAUCUCCACUGAGCUCCAAUUCCAGGAGGAGCGACGCGGCCGUGCCGUGCCCGGGGUGGGUUCCCUCUCUCCUUGGAGAGCUUUGUGGGAUUGGGAUCCCACAAAACCAGCUCCUGGCGCUCCAGACUUGCCACUGGGAAAGUUCAGAUCGGGCCAAGGGAGGGAAUUUGGGGAGUUCCUGAUUUCGGGAGGUCAAGAGCCUGAACCGCAAGUCACAGCCCGGGAUGAAAAAUGGCAUUUUUGGUGCUCUGGUCCUAAUUAACUUUUUGUUCCAAGAGAUGCAGCUCCAUCCCCUUGAAAAUGGAAUUAAUCUUUUGAACAGAUUGCCUAAAGAGUCCUGGAAGACAUUCCCAAUCCCCUCUAAGUCCCCUACUAAUGAUGCUCAGGAGGGAAAGGUUGUCGCUGGGAAUUUCCAAGGAGGGUGGGAAGAGGGAGCAGAACCCCAAGUGAAGAUUUGCAACCCCCAAAAUAAGUAAUGCUGCUAUAAACCCCUCCCUCCCCAGACACUGAACGUUCCUUAGAGGGUUUUAGUUUUUAAGCAGUGGUUAUAGAAAAAGAAAAAAAUAAGGUUGUUGCCUCAAUUUUUCCAGGAAAUAUUCAUAAAAAUAUUCCGGGGGGGGACGGGGGGGAAUCACCACCAGUGAGGGAAAAAAAUACAUUAACAAAAAAAAAAAGAAAAAAUCACACCAAUUUUGGUUUCCUGGGAAGCAUCUGCACUUCUUAUCUUCUUUAUCAUCUUGUCAGGCAGCCCAAGGGUUGGGAAUAAUUCUGUAUAAGGUGGGAAUUUGCAGCCCCAAGUGUAUCCAUAGGUGAGGGGAGUGUUCUCCAUGAGCCAUCAGCACGUGUGAGAGAGAGGAGGAGGCUUUUCCUGGGAUUUUUUGGUUUAUUCCAGGGGCUGCAGUUCAGGUCAGAUGCUCUCAGCAAUUUUUGCACUUUGUUUUAGAUGCGACCUCAGCUCCCAGCUCGGAUGGGGAUGGGAGAAGUUUGGCUGGUGCUUUGUUCCAGGGGCUGCUUUGGCUUUGUUUUCCUUCAAAAUCAGCUGCUUUUGUGCCCCUGGGAAGCUGGAAUUUUGGGGCAGGAGGUGUGUGGGGGUCUGUGCUGGCCCCGAACUGGGAGAUGCUGGGAGCCAACAUGGGAUGAGGAGGCUGAGGUGGAGCCAGGGCUGCUCUGGUGGCCUCCUGACUCCUUGUGCUGGAGCUGCUUUUGGGGUAAAAUCCCCCCUUCCGAGCAGUGUCCAAACCCCAAGGAGAGACAUCUCCACCCUUGGAUGUCUCCUGCCUCUGGUUGGCUUUUCCCUUUAGUUCUGGGUCGGGUUUGGUGCUUUUUUUGUGGGACCAUGGAGUGGUUUGGAGGAUCAGAACACCCUCCCACGCCUCUGUUGGGUGUGUGUCCCACCCCUGGGUGCCACAGGGGGGGAUCUCUGUGUCCCAUUCCCUGCAGCUCCGUGGGGCCAGGAGACCCCCCGUGUGUCCCCCCAGCAGCACGACUCCGGGUUUGUCCCAUGCUGGGGAGCUCACAAAUAAAUCUCAUCCCCAAAUGACUUCAAGAUGCUCCCAGCCCUUGCUGUCCACUGGGAAAGUUGUGAGUUUUACGGGAACUGACCCAAAUUCUCCGGGAUCUGGGUGGGAUGGAGAGAGGGGGAAGCUCAGCCUGGGACUCGGGGACUGGAUGAUUUGCUUCAUCCCAAAUUUGCUGCUCCGGUCUCCAGCCCAGCUGGAUUUAGGAAUCUUUACAUCCAUCCCCACCCGCAGCUUCCCCAGUUUUGGGGGAGCCAGCACCCCAAAAAUUCCACGGGCAGCUCAGGCUUCUGGAAUCCUGCGUGUGCCGGGCUCCUUCCGCCUUGGCUCAUCCCUCUGAUUCAGUUCUGACAGGAGAACACUCCAUCCUGAUCCCUGCUCCCAUCCCAAUCCCUGCCCCCAUCCCAACCCCUGCCCCCAUCCAAUCCCUGCCCAUCCUAAUCCCUCCCUGUCCACCGGCUGCUUGGGUUGCCUUUUCUCACUUAUUAUUAUUUUUUUUUUUUUGGGGGUGGGGUGGAAAGGCCGUGAUUUUGUAAAACUGAUGUGGUGAAAACAGCUUUUUUUGCACAAGUCGUUGCACAAUAAGGGGGAAAAAAUUUAGUAAAUUAGGUUUAACUUUAAAGGGAAUUUUUUGGGGUUUUGGUUUUGUUUUGUUUUGUUGGUUUUUUUUCCUUAAAACUCACUAGCAGAGCUACUGAUGAAAAAGAGAAGACAAAGAGCUGGACUGCUUAAGGAAUGGACUGCAUGGUUUCCAGGUGGAAUUGCUUUAGAAUUUAGCAUGUUGAUUCCAACUGUACAUUUAUCCUGUUGUAACUCCAAUUAAACAAUACAGCAAUUAACUGUUUAA